UUAAGUUCCCAAGUUCCGCGGGAAAUUCUCAAAACAUGAAUCAUGUCCAAGUCUAUAUUUUCGGUCUUUCCAUCCAAUAUACCUACAAAUGUUAACGUAUUCAGAAACAGGGAAUUAGAGGGUAUUAUUCAAAUACCGGACAGAAUAAGGAGCUUUUCUAUCAUACCCGACACUUCCUCUAAAACAGAAGAGUGGGUUCUACUACUGGGAACAGCCUCUGGUGAUUUGUACAGAACUACUCGCACAGAUUUCAAGGCAAAGUACGAACAAGCCCGACUUCACUUUCAGAACUCUUUAGAGAACCAGCAAAUCUUCACUGAUCUCCUGGAUCCUAAUUCUUCAGACGAUGAAAGCGCAGAUGGAUCAAUCGCCAUUACCCCAGACACCUUUGUUCAUACCCUCACUUCAUCCCACAUCGUUCUGUCCCUGAGGACUCCAAUCUUGGCAGUGUGCCAGUCCAUGGGUCUCAUUUUCACCGCCAACAGUGACGACAGCUGUAUAAUAGUGAAGUCAUUCAGCAGGGAUGUUAGUAGUAGGUUUGCCGAACCACUUACGGUUCAUACUUUAGAAGUUCCUGGUUGCACACAGAAUCUAACUUACAAACUCUAUAUUUUAACGUGUGAUUUAAUCAAAUGUCCAACCCAUGAGGAUCGAGGAACAUCAAUUUUAGACAUAUCUAGCGAGUUGUUUAAAAGUAUUGGUGGUGAGAAAUCAUCACUCUGCAAUUCCCCGAUUUUGCUUCUCACUCCCGGAGAGGGAUCUGUUUAUUCCAGUCCAUUGAAGGUGGAUGUUUCUCCAUCUGAGCAGUCACAUUUUACAUUGUUAUACCCCACUAGUAUGCCUGUUGUUAGAAUUCAGUCGAGCAACAUUACAGUUAGAGAGAAGAACACACUCGAUGUGUCCUCACCCAUGGAUCGGGAAACUCUCAGCUGUCUUGUAAUGUGUUCGUCAAAGGGAGACGGCGUAUUUCUGACGAGCAGCAAAAAAUACGGAGCAUGCUUCAUUCCUUUCAUCAUUCCGUGUUCAGUCGUAGAUUUCAAGUUUGCUGGAUCUAAAAUGUUCGUCAGCAGCCAUGAAGAUUUGUUUGUGAUAGAUGUUGAAUUGUGUGAAAGAAGUGACAAUUUUGUAGUGGGACUUCACAAUAUGACAAGCCUGAAAUGCGGUGGCGUAAAGGAAAUCCACUGUGUGCCAGACUUCGCUGCUGUCGAAGAGACUGCUAGUCACUUAUUAUGUAGGACAGCUUUAGGAAGAGUAGAUCUGAUAGACAUUGAGGAACGGUUGAAACAACCUGCAGUUACUAAGACACCCAAACAGGGCCAGCACAUCAAAGAACUCCUUACAGCCCUAGAAAACUGUCACCUCCAGACUCAGGAACUGAACAACAAAGAGGAAAGGCAGCAGGAAUUCAUCACUCAAUUGAAUAUAGCUGCACACCUCAUCAGUGAGAAAAGUCUGCUUAAAUGUGAAUGCACUGCAAUGCAGCAAGCUAUUGGGGGUGAAUUUUUUCUGUCUUGCAAGGUGACCAAUCACAGUGGGUUAGAUUUGUCAUGUGACUGGAGCCUGUUGGUUUGUGUUCAUCAGUCCGAUUCAAACAAGACAUCUUCUGCAAAUGAAAGGAUGGACCGGGGUGUUGGACGUGAUGAGAGUGUGCACAUAAGGCUGAAUUUUCCUUCUGGAGACACAAAAACUCCUUAUGAAGUUACCUUAGCUCUUUGUCUUCAUUUUCCAUAUGACCUUGGAAUUCUGCAGUCAGAUAGGAGUACCUCUUUAUUAACCAUUAUGGUUCAUCAAGAAAUUAUUGACAUCCUCCAUUUUCUUAAUGAGGAAAAAUGUUUAUCUCAGAAAACUUUUCAAACAACAUCGUUUUUACAUUCUGCGAUUUCAAAUUUGGCUCUGGGUCGUCCAGCUGCAAAUGUAGUUCAAGCCAAAUGUGCUUCCAGCCUUGAGGGCGGGUCUUGUGAAGUAUACCUGCUAACACCUGCUGUGCUGCUGAAUAAACCAGAAAUAUCUGCUCAGGGACAAGACAUGGAUGCCAUUUUGAGGUAUUUGACUCGAUCUUGUCAACAUCGAGCAGAUGUUGUGAACCAUGAAGUGCGACUGGUGGACCCCACGGGGGAACUAGUUAAGUUAUCUGUGGAACAUUGGGAUGUUGGCAAAGACAGUCCAACCCUGAAAAUCACCAUUACAACGGGACAGACACCUCUGGCGGCAGCCGUCAGGGAAGCAGUGUCCAGGCAGUUACAGAAGCUAGAAGCGCCUGCUAAUAUGGGGAAUUCCAAAGAGGGUUGCUUACUGAAGGAUGUGCUAUUGUCUCCAGGCCUUCAUAGUGUCACUAUAUCUCCCGAAACGAAGCAGGACGUUAUUCAAGUCUACAGACAGUUACGAAGUCUGCCAAAUCGAUGACUUGUAAGAUCAUCCUCCUCAAUAAAGUGACUUCACUCAAUAAA